UUGACAUUGGGAGUUUGAAAGUGGACAGAGACGCAGUGGGGUUUGUGUCUCCCAGGUUCCCGUCAGGGAAAUUUCACCGUUCAGCAACCUGAAAGUGACUACAGAAUUCUCCCGUGCCAUUUACAUCAGCACUGGAAAUACCGCGAGGAAACAAUGUAAAAGUCUCAGCAUGGGAGCGCGCAUGUUGUCGGAUCUUGCCGGUGAAUUUUUAUGAAGAAUAUUUCUUUUUUUAUGUUUUUCUUAUCUUUAUUAUUAUGAAUCAUGUUUUUGAAAACAGUCGCCUUAAGUGCUUGGACUUCAAGGAAUAAAAAGUAAUUGACGGAAUCAUUUAACAUGGAAUCAGUGGAUGAAUAAAUCAUAUUUCCGAUACUCGUAGACUGCAAUUUGCCCUGUUCAUUUAUCGUCAAAUUUGCUGAUGUCCGAUGGACCAAGCAUCUUCAUACAGUAAUAAACACGAACAGAGGAAUUGAUGAAGGAUUUACCGUUUCGGAUGAUUAUUAGACAGGGUUUGGAAAUCUCACAAUGAGGCUGAAAUCAUCAAGGUUAGGUUACCUAUUUCUUCAAUUCCUGACUCUGUGUUUUUACACUCAGAUGACCAUGCAGUCCAUCUCUAUGCCUAAUUUUAAGCACCAUGUAACGGAGCAGAGUCGUCUGUCAGACAGGAUGAGUCGGAGAUUAACAAGGACUUAUCAGCUAUAUAGCCGAACCAGCGGUAAACAUGUACAAGUCCUGGGUAAUAAGAGGGUCAACGCCAAUGGCGAGGAUGGAGAUAUUCAUGCAAAACUUGUUGUGGAAACGGACACAUUUGGUAGCCGGGUUCGAAUCAGAGGAGCAAAAACAGGAUACUAUAUUUGCAUGAACAAGAAAGGCAAGCUCAUUGGACGGAGGAAGGGCCGUGGCAGGGAUUGCAUAUUCACCGAGAUCGUUCUGGAAAAUAACUACACGGCUUUGCAGAAUGCCAAGUACAAAGGCUGGUAUAUGGCCUUUACACGCAAGGGUCGACCCAGGAAAGCCAUGCAGACCCGGCAGCACCAGAGAGAGGCCCACUUCAUGAAACGUCUUCCUCGAGGACACCUAUUAACAGAACAGAAGCCCUUUGAUUUAAUCCCAUAUCCCCUCAACAAGAGGACUAAGCACCAUCAGCGCGCAAGCGUUAAUUGAGGAAAGGGCAGUGUCUUAUAAUGGAGUGCUAUCUUAAUUUGAGUUUAUCUAAUCUUUGUGCAUCCAGAGUUUAAUGGACAUCACAGCAAAGCAAUGUUGUGUAUAAUUUAAGGAGUAUGUACAGAUGAAUGACUGUACUAGGAACAGUAUGUUCUGGGACAAUGACUAAACUCGUGACUGAACAGAGGACAAGUAAGCCUUGUAAUAAUGCAACACAUCUCUGGGAAUGAAACAAGACAGCAGUACAUACGACACAUAAACACUCUCAGAAAUGUGUGCAAAACUUUUUUGAAGAACAUCUUAAAUAUUUUCCAUUUAUUCAAUGGAAAAGUUCUAUAGUUCCAUCUGUUAAUAAUUACUCAACCUCAUAUUGUUCCAAAAGCCUGAUACCUUCGUUUAUCUUCAGAACACAACUAUAGAUAUUUUGGUCCCGAUUCUUUCAAAGUCCAGAGAGGUACCAAACACAGUGUCAAUACAGUCCAUGUGUCUUCUGGAUAUACUGCAGAUGCCCAAGCCACACAUGAGUUCAUCUGUUUGAAACAAAGCACAGGCUCAUCCGCAGUAUACAUCAUCUGUGUAACCACAAGCUAUACAAGUGCACAUACAGAGCAUACGUGUGCUAUACUGACACUGAGAAGAAGAACAUCCAACAAAAUAUAUUUAUUUGUGUUCUCAGGGGGUUUUGAAUGACAUGAGGGUAUAUUUAUUGACAGAAUUUUCAUUUUGGGGUGAACAACUCCUUUAUUUAACUACAGAUUCCACUGGAACCUCUAUAGUUAAGAGUAUCAGGUACCAAUAGGGUAUAUGUGGAAGUAUGCUAAAGGACUUUUAAUUUGUCAGUAGCCUGGGUUAAGUGAUUCCGGUGAACUGUAUCCAAUUACAAAAUCGGCGCAUUUAAGGUCUGUUUUCUUUCAUCCAAAAAUCUGCGAUCUCCACUGGCUGACUGAUAUCCGAUAUAAAGUGGGUCUCAGAUUGUACAAGAAGCACUGCAUUAAAUUACAUAUUUGCCCGCCAUGUCUUUAAAAUAUGAACAAUUAUUUUCCCCCAGCAUAUUCAAUGAAGCUUCUGCGCUAGCCUGUCGAUUCUGACGGGCAUGUGCGAGGCAUGUCUCGUUUUUGUCACGUUUUACGCUUGAGCAACUAAAUGAAUGCCAAAGUCUGUUUAACUAAUUGUAUUUAAAUUACAUUAUAACAUUGAUGCUGUAAAAGGAACUGUAUAAAAAUGAAAAGGCAGUAUGGGAAGAAACACUAGCAUAUACCCUAUAAGCACCUUCAGAGGUAGAUAAGGUGCUAAAUCAUCCCAGUGGAAAGGUAAACCUUCAAAUGUUUUGCACAUUAUUUUCUGACAGUGACCAUGGCAGCUACCUACUGAUGACCCCAAACAUAUGCAGAUACACACAGAUUCCACGAUGUGUAGGGAUAUUAUCAAAAGCAUCUUUAUUGUUUGUACAUGACUAUAUAUUUUUAUUGGAAGAUUGUAAGAUACUUAAACAAAUGGAAAUAUUUAUUUUAGAGCGUGUAUUAAAUUCAUGUAAAAGUAUUGAUUUAACAAGUUUUUUUAGGGUGUGAGAUUCAUUGACUCCCCGACGUCUUUUGUGGGCAAUUCGGACGGUGAUUGAUUCUCCUCCUUUGAGAUGCACUUCUAUGCUGCGUUUGCUUUGAAGGAGUCAGCGAUCAUUAGCUGACAGGUCGAAUUCUCCUUCUCUCAUAGAUCACGCUGUAUGUGUGUGGGCGCAUCAAGAACACGAGCACGACAAGUGUGGGUUAAAGUCGAAGGCCUUCAGGAACACAAGUCGGCCAAAUUGGGAGCCAGUUUCUUUCAGAGUCAGGCUUAUUCAGUUGACAACAACAGCAGCCUGAGAGAAACCUCAAGGGCAUGCUCGGGUCUAUUCAAGAGGUAUACCUCCAGGACCGUAUAGCUGUUGUUAUGUUUUUGGCCCAGCAGUCGAACUCCCAGAAAAAGAGGCCUGAGCCUCAGAUAACUGUGAGGCAAUAUCUGUGACAGGCCGGUCUCGAUUGAAUGUGCUCAGCAAGUGAGACUGGGCCUUUGAAUAGCUCGGGCCUUUCGCUUUAGAAGAGAUGAGGUCAACC